AUGCCUUGGUAUCAUGUAGCCGAGCCGAAUUCCUACCUCGUCGUUACGGGUGUAGGAAUCGAGAAGGUCAAAAUCCAAAAGAAGGCCUUCGUCUAUCCCUUCCAGAAAGUGUCCAAGAUCAGCAUCACGCCCUUCGACUUCUCCAUGUCGCUGCAAGCCAUGACCAUCGAGAAGCUUAAAUUCUCGCUGCCUGCGGUCUUCACCAUCGGUCCCGCGGAUGACAUGGCCUCGCUCGAGAAGUACGCUGUGCUUCUUACAGGAGAAAGUGACGGCCGACCGACCGCCGGAGCGAGGAAAGGCACUGUCACUGUUGCCGGCAACGACGGCCGCAACCAUGUCCAAGACAUCGUCAAAGGUAUUAUCGAGGGCGAGACGAGGAGUAUCGUGAGCACUAUGACUAUGGAAGAGCUGUUUCGCGAGAGGAAGGUGUUCAAGGACAAGGUGAUCCAGUCGGUCCAGAGCGAACUCGACCAAUUCGGUCUCUGCAUCUACAACGCCAACGUCAAAGAACUCCAAGACACGCCCGGCAGCGAAUACUUCGCCUUCCUCUCCCGCAAAGCGCACGAAGGCGCCCUCAACCAAGCCAAAGUCGACGUCGCGGACGCCCGCAUGAAGGGCGAAGUCGGCGAAGCCGAAAAGCAAGGCAAAACCAAACAAGAGGUCGCCAAAAUCCACGCCGCCACCGCCGUCCUCGAGACCGAGCGCAAAGCCGAGAAGGCCACUGCGGACGCGAAGCUCACGAACAAGGAGAUCCAGAUCGGGAAUGAACUGAACAUUGCGCGGAUUAAUGCGAAGCGCGAGGCCGAGCAGCGCGACGCAGAACUCAACACCGAAGUGGAGAAGAAAAAGGCGCUGAUGGAAUUGGAGCGCAUGCGCGCGACCAAAGUCGUGCAGGCGCGCAUCGAGAAGGAAUCGAGCCAGCAGAAGGCAGACGCUGAACUCUAUGCGCAGCAGCGUGCGGCCGAGGGUCUCAAGUUCUCCGAGCAGGCCGAAGCCGAAGCCGCUGCAUACCGCCGCUUGCAAGACGCGGAGGCGGAUUUCAAGGCCAAGGAGCGCGAGGCUGAGGCUUCGUUCCUGGUCGAGAAGCGCAAGGCGGAAGCUGAGUACUUCAGGAGGGAGAGGGAGGCGCACGCGCACCUCAUCGCGCAGCAGCGCGAAGCUGAGGGUCUGUCUGCCAUGGCGAAAGCAUACGGCGAGAUGGCGACGGUGCUUGGUGGACCGCAGGGGCUGAUGCAGUGGAUGAUGCUGAGCAACGGUACCUACCAACAACUCGCCAACGCGAACGCGAAGGCGAUCCAGGGUCUGCAACCGAAGAUCAAUGUCUGGAAUACAGGAGCGCAGGGUGGUGACGGCGCUAUGGACGCCACUGCACCCAUCCGUAACCUCUUCCAGAGCCUGCCUCCCCUCUUGUCGACGAUUCACGAUCAGACGGGUAUGGCACCCCCCACAUGGUUGGCGCAGAUGCCGCAGCAGCACGAGUCUGAUCCGAAGAAGCUGGCAAUGUUGGGGAACGGCAGCGAGUCGUCCUAG